AUGGAUGCUGCUGAAGUUAAAUCAGGGGAUUACCCACCAAGACUUUACCCUGAAGGGUCUUCUAACCUAGAUGGUAAAGUUAUUAAUCACAAUUUCCAUCCAGGGCAUUUCCUCCACGUUAGAGAAACAAUAGGACUUGAUGUGUGGGAAGAACUGGUGAACUCUCCCAUUGGAGUAGUUGCUAGGCUGGCUGAACGCGAAAGCAUGUGGUCUGGUAGGACCGUGCACUAUCUACUGUGUAGACAGCUGCGAGUUAUAAAGAACGAGAUAUGGUGUCUCAUGGCUGAUGAGGCUAUCAGGUUUAGCUUGCUCGAGUUUGGUGAGAUCACUGGGCUAAACACAGGUCCAUUGCCAACAGAAAAAUUUGAUCCUGGUCAAUACAACGAGUUUUGGGGGGAGUUGAAGGUGCCGCUUGGGAUUGGACCAAAGUUAGAUGAACUGAAGGCAGCAUUAGCGUUCUGUCCGCUUUGGAGUUUUGAAAAGCGCAAGUGGUUGGGGCUGCUACUUCUUCAAGCCAUGAGAGUCUAUUGUUUGCAUCACAAUUCAAGGAUACCCUUUCAAAGUGCAAUAAGGGUAUUCGACGAUGAAGCCAUGAGGUCGUAUCCAUGGGGUCGGACUGCAUACGAAGUUCUAAUUGACUCUAUUAAAACGUUGACUCCAGAUGGAGGUUCAUACACAAUAAGCGGCAUGAAGGACUCGUUAUUGAUUUGGGCUUAUGAAUCCGUCACAUGCUUCGGUGAGAGUUUUGGGAGAGUGAUCAAUAACGAAGACGUUCCGCUUUUGCGAUGGGGUGGAAAGCGUACACGUGCAAGCUUUGAUAAAUUGUUGUCUGCCGAAAUCGAAAAGCAUGGCGAGGUGCGUGUGAGGAGAAUGGUUUUGAAGGACUCAAUUGAAGAGAUGUUUCCUAUUUGGCCGGGUGAAGAUGACGACCCACAACUCGUUAGGUUGAUAACAGACAUACAUUCAGGUAGAUUUGUGAAAGGUUUGUGGGAAGUGCAGGGGAAUGCAAAGGGGAAGGGGAAUGAGAAGAAGAGAAUGAAGGGUGGAGUUUCGUCAGAAGCUGAGCCACCCACUAAGAAGCAGAAGAAAGUUAAGACACAGAAUGAGUCUGAAGCUGAUGCAGUAGGAAAGGGUUCUCGCGAGAAGGAAGGUAGCAAAGAGUUGGAGUUGGAGAACAAAGCGACUCUAACGACCAUUGUGAGUACUCUGGAUAUUAUUUCCAGAAAAAUUGAUCAGGUUGACUCACGGUUGGAAGCUUACGAGUUAGACCGGAACAGACCAUUGAUGGACCAAAAGACCAUUGAUGACAGGGUGAAUGCUUUACUGGAGGAGCGUCUGAAAGAUCUGGGGAUUGGGAAAAGUCCCGAAAACCAUGAUAACCCCUCUCCACAAUUAUCAGAUAACUCUUUAUCGAUGGCAUCACCGGUGGUUCGAACGCAUCAGAAGUCUGUCAAUAGUCCAGCGUUAGUAGCUGCGACUCCUGGUAAGGAGUUUGGACCGAAAACGAAUUUGGCCAAGGAGCUUGAAAAGGAAUCAGGGGUGAAAAGGACUUUGGAUGAGGAGUUUGGUAGUGUCGAUAAAGCUACUGAUAUGCGGCCUCUUGAUUUCGUAGUAGUUUCUCCUGCAAAGGCUACUAAGGAUGAUAAGGCUACUAAGGAUGAUAAGGCUGAUAAGGAUCCAGCCUAUGGACGCGGCUGCAUGCGCAAGUGUAUUGUUAAGGGUGAGGAAGCCGAUGAGAAGAAAAAAGCUGCGCAUGCAGAUGCUGCGUUUAAGAGGAAGGAGAAGGUUGAGGCUAAGAAAAAAGCUGCUGACGAUAAGAAAAAAGAGGCUGAAGCUAUGAAAAAAGAGGCUGAAGCUAAGAAAAAAGUGGCUGAGGCUAAGAAAAAAAAGGCUGAGUUAAAGAAGAAACAAGAGGCUGAGCUAAAGAAGCAAAAACAGGCUGGGUCAAAGUACAAAAAGGUGACUCCACCGCGUGACGGUGUAACAAGAUGCAAGGUACAAGAGUCUGAUGUAGAGGACAGUUCAUUGGCUGAUAUAACUGACGAAGUUGUUGCAGAACAGAACGAAUUCACGCCGGAGUCUGAUGUCGAGAAUUCUGAAGUGGUUAGAUCUGCCAUAAUUAAGGACUACCGGGAGAAAAAUGUUCGAUUAACUCCAAAAGGGUUGUCAAUGAUGGCAGAUUCUUCAUCAUUAGUUUUUCCGAACGUAGGACAUGAUGGAAUGACGUGCAUGAGGAAGAAUUACUCCUUCAUCAGCAAUAUAUGA